AUAAUAAUAAUAAUGAUGUUACUGUAUAGUUUCUUAGCUGAAUCUUAUAUUUCAACAUGCAUAACAUUUCGAAUCAAUAAGUAAUAUGUCAUAAUAACUAUUAAUGCCGGAAUUAAACGGUAACUUAAAUGGCAGACGUACAACUUCAAUCCCACGAGCUAGACACAAGAGAUGAUGACAAGUCUGUAGUGCUGUCUGACGUUGUCAACCGUGUAAACGAAUCCAUCGUUUACUCAAACACCGACCUAAUUGCGGAUGUGAAUCUGCUAUCGAUAUCCGAAAAUAACGUCUAUAGCGGCGAUGUAGCGCAAAAUAAUUUGCCCUGUUUGAACUCUAUAUCGUUGACUUCCUCAUCGUCGUCUAGUCAAUGUAAGCCGUCGUGUUCGUCUAGUGCUAUAAAUAAUAGCGAUCAUGCUGAAGGCUUACAGCAAAUUGACGGUGUCAAAUAUGUUUGUUAUAAAAACGAACAACAAAUGAAGGACAUUAUGCGGUUAAUACAAAAAGACUUAUCUGAACCAUAUUCAAUCUACACAUACCGCUAUUUUAUACACAAUUGGCCUAAACUAUGUUUCCUUGCUGUAGACGUAGAUAAAAGUGUUGGAGCAAUUGUGUGUAAGUUAGACGCCCACAGAAAAGUUAGAAGAGGUUAUAUUGCAAUGUUGGCAGUAGAUGAAAAUUACCGAAAACAGCAUAUUGGUUCUAAUUUAGUAUUGAAUGCAAUAGAAGCCAUGGUGAAUGAUGGAGCUGAUGAGGUUGUACUUGAAACAGAAAUCACUAAUAAACCAGCAUUAAAAUUAUAUGAAAACUUAGGCUUUGUACGAGAUAAACGUCUAUUUUGCUACUAUUUGAAUGGUGUGGAUGCAUUACGUUUAAAAUUAUGGCUCAGAUAAGUUGCAAUGGUACAUUUAAAUUAUAAAAACGUCAUGUGACAAAUAAAAACAGUAAAACUUAUUUUUUACUGUGCAUACUAUGUGUAGAUUUAGUUUAUUUGAUGCAUAAAUAUUCAUAUGUAUAAUAAUUAUGGUGUAAAUUUAUUAUUACCUGUCGUUAUAUAAAAAUUCUUCAAUAAAAUGUCGUUUUUAAUUUGA